AGAAUGUUCUGGACCCUGGGAUGUGCUAAGACCUUCUCAAAGAUCAUGAAAUACUUGCUCCUGAAUCUUUUGGUAUUUUUUAUCCUGUUCCAGCUGUUUCCAGUCUACAGGUGCCGCAAAUCUUGCUGGGUCAUAAGAGGACACUGCAGAAAACACUGCAGAUCCGGCGAGCGGGUGAAAAAGCCAUGCAGCAACGGGGACUACUGCUGUAUUGCAAAGAAGAUAAACACUGUGCCACAGGCGCCCAAGAAUGCGUUUAGUCGUAAUUUCAGAGUACACUCCAGAACAGCGCCAGUGGCGGUCCUCAAGAACAGUACGUAGUAAGUUAGAGUUAUGCUGAAAAUGAUUCGGUCCUCUACAGAGCAGAAGGUGCCAGCACAAGUGUCUCCCAAGUGUCCAUUAAAUCCAUGACUUC